GCAGCCCCGGCACCGGCGGAGACCCUGAGCCCGAUCGUCCCCGGGAUGGAGCGGAGCCCAGAGCCAGGCCGGCCUGAAAGCAUCUAAACCCGAGAUUCCAGAGAAGAAUGUUGCCAAUGAAACUUUAAAACCGAGAAAAUAAAGGAAGGCGGUAGCAGGACAUCACACCAGAAUUAAACUGACUGAUGAGAACUUGGCUUCAAGCUUGCUGAGCCUGAGGUCCUUCUCACAUCCUCUGCUGUCCGAGGACAUCUGUGGUCCUUAUGUGAACCAGAUACUUUCCUCCUCUCGUUCUAAUCUGUGUGCAGACUGUCAGCAUCAUUUCUGGAAGACUGAGUUCAGGAAAUACGGCCUCAUUCUCCAAUAUUUCGCAGCAAAAUGUGUAAUUGACCUCAGAAGAAACCCAGUUGUUUUAUAUCAAGAUUUUGUGGUCUUACCCCCAGCUGGGAAGAAGCGAGCCCAUCUGUUAGGAUUGCAGUGGAGAGAGACCGGAGCAGCAACGAUACUUGCAGCUCUGCCAUGAUCCCCCACUCCAUAUCCGGCCCCCCGGCAUUCCUCUACCUCCAGCAGGGUAACCAAGAAAACUCUGCCCCACCAGAAGCAAUGGCACAACCGUACCCUGCUACACAGUAUCCCCCACCCCCACAAAAUGGGCUGCCAGCAGAAUAUGCCACCCCUCACCCACUCCCCACGCCAGACUACUCUGGCCAGACCACGGUAGCAGAGCACGCACUGACCCUGUACACGGCAGGACGCAGUCAUGGAGAACCACAGGGCAACGAAGUCAGCACACAGUCUGUAACAGGAACUCAGACGCUCACGACAGACGAGGUAUCACAGACAGACAGCAGUCAACAGCUACAAUGUCAAGAAAACACAGAGAAGCAACAGCCCAAAAGAUUACACGUGUCCAACAUCCCUUUCCGCUUUCGAGACCCUGACCUGCGGCAGAUGUUUGGACAAUUCGGGAAGAUUUUAGACGUGGAAAUCAUUUUUAACGAGCGAGGUUCCAAGGGAUUUGGGUUUGUAACUUUUGAAACUAGCAUGGAUGCAGACCGCGCACGGGAGAAACUCAACGGGACAAUCGUUGAGGGAAGAAAAAUUGAGGUAAAUAAUGCCACCGCUCGGGUAAUGACAAACAAGAAGCCGGUUAACCCCUAUACAAACGGCUGGAAGUUAAACCCAGUGGUUGGAGCCGUAUACGGACCAGAAUUCUAUGCAGUAACUGGAUUUCCAUAUCCUCCUGCUGGCACCACAAUUGCUUACCGAGGGGCUCACUUACGGGGAAGGGGCCGCGCAGUGUAUAAUACCUUCAGAGCUGCUCCACCUCCCCCACCAAUCCCCACCUACGGAGCAGUUGUUUACCAGGAUGGUUUCUAUGGAGCCGAAAUAUAUGGAGGAUACGCAGCUUACAGAUACGCACAGCCAGCAGCAGCAGCUGCUUAUAGUGACAGUUAUGGACGUGUGUAUGCAGCAGCAGAUCCUUAUCACCACACCAUUGGACCGGCAGCUACGUACAGCAUAGGAACAAUGGCUAGUCUGUACAGAGGGACUUACAGUCGAUUCACUCCCUACUAGCAAGUGAUCAGUCUCCCUAAACAUGAAAUCUUAAACAAAAAAUAAAAAAUAAAAACAAACAAACAAUAAAUCAAAACAAAUAGAAAAAUCACCUGGGACAAUGAGUCCACAAGCUAUGAAAGGAAAGAUAUGAAACUUUGCUGCCUGCCCUUGACCCCAUCCCUGGAAGGACAAACCUUUACCUCAUCCCAGCUGAACCCUUCACCUCUGUGUCUGUACCUGUGCAGGAUAUACCAAUUUGUCACGUGGUCUACAAUAAUUAUAUUUUGUAAUGGUUUUUAAUGACUUCCGAUUUUGCUCCGAGCCUGGUCUACAGCAUUUCUCAUGGAAGCAACCUCUAAGCCUAUUUUGUUUUCCACUGACCACAGAACUGUGUGAAGUCAGAAUCAAUCUGCCACCAGGACAGUCGGCCUCUAGCUCUCUAGAUUUCUGUUUUUUUAUUCCGAAUCUUGAGCUUUAGUGAAUCCAUAGCCCAAAAGACAAAGAUUGCUUCACAUGAAACCUGUGGAGUGGGGGGUUUGGAGGCAAAAGUACGGCCUUCUUCAAGUCUGGAAUCUAAACGACCAUCAGAUGAGGAGAUGUCAAUGUGUUGAUCUGUCGUGUUCUCUAUGAGCCAUAUGGCGAUGCUAUCAAAGCUCAAAUGCAGAAUACUAGUACACAUACGUACACAUUGCAUGCUGAACUAUUCUGGGACAAUAAUCUGUAUCUACAACUGAAUGGUCCUAAUGACAUCUUGGGCCAGGUCCAUUAGGCCCUUUGGAACUUGGCAGAUAAAGGAAUUGAUUGUACUGUAGAUAUUUUAGAUACAAUUUAAGGCCACGUUCCAUGAGUUAUGUUUACCAUGUUUAUAUUGAUAUAAAUAUAGUUUCCAAUUUCACAUGCCUACAGCCAACACUGACUUAAAAAAGAACAUAUUUAUAGAGAACGAAAUUUGCUGUUACACGAAUAUCAGUUCCAAAAUUCCUGUUUUACAGUUUACUUCAAUAUGACGUAACAUUUGUGAAUUAUUUUCUGCUUUUUUUCUAAUUGGCUUAAAUCACCAAAAUAUUUAUUAGAAGUUAAACUAUGCUUUAUUCCAAAUAAAUCUACGAUAACCAUGUUUUGGAGCAUUUAGAGUAGGAAUAAUUUAACGUCUAAAUGUAAUUGUUUGUAUAAAGACGAACUUGUCUUUACUAAAUAUUUCAGUAAUACCUUAUUUAAAAUAGUGUAUAGGUUACAUUCUUAUGGGCCUAUAUGUAUCUUUUACAAUAUGUGUUGGUUUCCUGGUAACCAAGCCAAGAUAUAAAGCAUAUAUUGUUAAUAUGGCUGCCAUUUAAUCCCUACGUAGAGUAUAUAUUCAAGCGUAGGAAAAUCAUAUUUAUGUAGCCAAAUAACAGUGUUCUAAUUUGUUCCUAAAGUGUUUCCUUGAAACAUUGACCCCUCCCCUCCCCGCCCCCCA